AUGGCCACCCAAACACGCUCUUCAUCUACUUCAGAAGUUAUUAAGAAAAGAAAAAAAAGACCCUCUUCAUCUUCACCUCGAUGGAAAUAUGAAGUUUUCCUUAGUUUCUAUGGCAAAGACACUCGCAAGAAUUUUACGGAUUAUCUAUAUGUUGAUUUAAAACGAAAAGGCAUUCUCGUCUUUAGGGAUGAUGAAACACUCCAGCGAGGAGAAUACAUUUCUAAAGCGCUUCUGAAAUUGAAUGGGAGGAAAAGAAAAGGCUCACAGUUCUUCCUAUUUUCUACCAUAUAUGUGGAUCCUUAUGACGUGAGAAAUCAGAGUGGGUCUUUUGCAGAAGCUCUCACUGCACAUGAAAAAGAUCCCAAGAUAGACAAGAAAGAUACGGAUAUGUGGAAAAAUGCUUUGAGAAAAGCCGGCAAUAUCGUCGGAUGGCACAUACACGACAGUUAUGAAUCAACAAUUAUACAAGAAAUCAGUGGACGUCUAUCUCGUGAUGAGUUGAAUUCUAAAUUCUCACGUCAUGAUUAUGAUAAACUUGUUGCAAUAGACUCCCAUGUAGACAAAAUGAUGGAGUUAUUGGAUAUGGAAUCGGAUGAUGUUCGCUUCGUAGGAAUUCAUGGGAUGGGUGGCGUUGGCAAGACAAUUCUGGCCGAAAUAAUUUAUGAUAGAGUUUCAUCUAUUUGUCGAUUUGAAGGAAGCAGCUUUAUUUCUUGUAUUAGAGAAGAAUCGUAA